AUGUCUGGACGUGGGAAGGGCGGUAAAGGCUUGGGGAAAGGAGGCGCUAAGCGGCAUCGGAAGGUGCUUCGUGAUAACAUCCAAGGUAUCACUAAGCCUGCUAUUCGUCGCCUGGCCCCCAUGUCUGGUCGCGGAAAGGGAGGCAAAGGACUCGGAAAAGGGGGCGCGAAGAGGCACCGGAAGGUCCUUCGCGACAACAUCCAAGGCAUUACCAAGCCGGCUAUUCGGCGCUUGGCUCGUCGCGGAGGCGUGAAGCGGAUUUCUGGCUUGAUCUACGAGGAGACUCGCGGGGUCCUGAAGGUGUUCUUGGAGAACGUGAUCCGGGAUGCCGUGACUUACACCGAGCACGCCAAGAGGAAGACGGUGACCGCUAUGGAUGUUGUGUACGCGCUGAAGCGCCAGGGCCGUACUCUCUACGGUUUUGGGGGCUAA